GCGGAAGGAAGAAAAGGAAAAGGAAGAGGGCAGGUCUUAAAGGGGACGCAGCCAUUUCUUAAGCCUCUUCUUCCUUUCUCCAAUUUUUCAAGGACGAACGCUGAAGAGUAGGUUCCGGAAGCUAAGCACAGCUGGAGGAACAGGGGCCGCAGCUGGAGGCACGAGCGCCGGCGGGGCAGGCGGAGGCCAGCGUCUGCCCAGAGGAAGGGCGUGGUGUGCGCGCCCUCUGUGCCCCGCGCACUGCUGUGUCGGCCCAUGUUACGGCAGGCAAAGAGCUUUAACAUCUGGGACCCGGCUGGGGCAGCGGGGACCUGCGCGCAGUGGGCGCGGCCGAUGAGCCGGGCUGGAGGGUGAGCCUUCUGCCGGGGCUGGGAGAGAGCUGGCACCUCCAGAUAAGGCCCAGGGCGGCCAGGGGACCUCCGCGAUGCCAGGCGAAAAUAUCUUCCUGUUUGUGCCUAACCUCAUCGGUUAUGCCCGGAUUGUCUUCGCCAUCAUUUCUUUCUACUUCAUGCCCUGCUGCCCUCUCACGGCCUCCUCCUUCUACCUGCUCAGCGGACUUCUGGACGCUUUCGAUGGACACGCUGCUCGAGUCCUUAAUCAAGGAACCCGAUUUGGGGCCAUGCUGGACAUGCUGACAGACCGGUGCUCCACAAUGUGUCUGUUGGUCAACCUGGCCCUGCUCUACCCUCGCGCCACCCUUCUUUUCCAGCUCAGCAUGAGCUUGGAUGUUGCCAGCCACUGGCUGCACCUCCACAGUUCUGUGGUCCGAGGCAGUGAAAGUCACAAGAUGAUUGACCUGUCUGGAAAUCCAGUGCUUCGCAUCUACUACACCUCCAGACCCGCUCUGUUCACCCUGUGUGCUGGAAAUGAGCUCUUCUACUGCCUCCUCUACCUGUUCAGUUUCUCCGAGGGACCUUUAGUUGGCUCUGUAGGUCUUUUCCGAAUGGGCCUCUGGAUCACAGCCCCUAUCGCCUUGCUCAAGUCCCUCAUCAGUGUCAUCCACCUGAUCACAGCCGCCCGCAAUAUGGCUGCCCUGGACGCAGCAGAUCGUGCCAAGAAGAAGUGAUCCUGGAACCUCCAGCCCCUGGCUACCCACCUGCCCUGGGAGUCUCACUGUGCCACGCGGCACCCCUGUCCCUCCUAGGAGGUCCCAGGCUCACGUCUUCCCAAUGUGUCGUCCAACCUGCUGGGAAGGGGGACCAGCCUCUUUGGUGAUGUCAUGUUCUCCGUAAUCCUGGGGACGAGUCCCACCCCUGUGAUCUCCAGGGACCUGGACUUCAAAUCAGGAAGGAUGCUCAGGAGGCCCCACCCACACGGGCAGUGCUCCCGGGGCCCCAAGAGAGCUGUCUGAGGAUCGGGCAUAGUCACACCUGCUGGCUCAGCCCUGGGAUCUGGCUUGGCUGAGACCUUAGGGACACUUGAGUAAGGGAGGUGGGGUAGGGGCCAGGUUUCCCAAAAGGCAGGGGUUCAGACCUCUGCCCCUGGCUAGAUAGAGGAAGCCUGUGGGUACCAUGGCCCAGAGAGAAGGUGCUGUCGAGAUCCCCAUUGCAAUCUCUGUCCUGGCUCCGAAAGCCUUGAUUAUAAAGGCGGGAACAUCACUGUUCUGGACUUGGUUUCCUUUGAGAUAGUCCUGGACCAGGGCCUGGGUCGAGGGGAGCUUGGGGGAAAAUGAUGAUCCAUCUGGAUACUUUGCCCGCAGUAUUUUACUGGCUGGCUCCUUCCUGUCAUUCCUCAGUGACCUCAGAGAGAUCCCCUCCCUGCCACCCAAGCGCAUUCCAUGUCCUCUGCCCACCUGCUUUAUUUUCUUUACAACACCGUCACUGGCUAUCUACCUUUACUUGUGUACCUGAUAUUUUCUACCCUCACUAAAAUGUAAACUCCACGAGGGCACAGACUCUUCUUGUUCUUUCUCUAUCCCUACAAAGAAGAUUAACCUUGACCUGACAUAUCGUAGCGGCUUAAAUACUCACAAAUAGAUCGGUUGGUUUCUCAGAGUGUGGUCCUUAGACCACCUGUGGGAUAUUUCUUGAAAAUUCAGCUUCUUGGACCCUGUGCCAGACCUUCAGAGUUGGAAAUUCUAGGGAUGGGCCUAGAAGUCUGAAGUUUUAAUAAACUCCAGCUGAUUGAUUAUUCUUCCCAGUUACACUGAGAAUCACUGUUCCCUCUUAAACAGUUUUUUGGGUACUUAUCAUAGGAGACAUUGUCCCAGGCAUCUGUCCCUGGCAGCUAUCCCUGCUAUCUGAGCAGAAAGCUGUCUGGCACCAGCUUUCUUUUUAAGACUGCAUUGAGCCUACCAUAUAUGCCAGACCCUGUGCUGGGGCUUCUUUGCAGAUAUUACUUAUUUUGUCCUUGUAAUCAUUUAGCCAAGAGGGCCUCAUGUCUGAGAGGGCUGAAAUUUAUCAGAUGUGUAUUGAGGGACUUCCCUGGCAGUCCAUUGGUUAGGGCUCCACGCUUCCACUGCAGGGGGCACAGGUUGGAUCCCUGCUCAGGGAACUAAAAUCCCACAAGCUGAAAAAAGAUGUGUAUUGAGCUUCAACUGCUCUAGGCCCAGGGGAUUCAGUGGAAAGGAGGCCACAGUAUAGCCAGAAAGGAGAUGAUGCAGUUAGGGAGGUGCUUGUUGGGGGAUAGGGUUAGAAUGUGCUGUAGUGCUUUGGGUGUCUUAAGUAGAAAUCUGGUAGUAGUAAUUGGGGCGGGAAGGGUUAAUGCAGAGGAGAGGAUUGAUUCUCAGCUGAGGGAGCCGGGAGGCCAGAGAGCGCCCUGAGCAGUUGCCAAAUGGAAGCGACUGAUGUGCUGGAACACCGAGCACUCGGGGUUGGUGGCUGGAGAGCUGAAGAGAGGUGGGGUGGAAGCCUGCGGCAGUCUGAGGAACCCAGGAGGGCUUUUGGACUUCACCCUGAGGGCCACACGGAGGUGCUGAAGGAAUCUUUCAAAAUAAUGGGUAAAUUAUUCACAUGUCAAAAUAGUAAAUUGCACACAUUACAGAAGGAUGACGAAGUCUCCUGCCACUUUAAGCUCCCAGUUCUCCCCAGAGGCAACCACUGCUACUCACUGAUUCCGUGUCUAAAUAAAUUCUUCACGUCUA